AUGUGUCUUUUAUACUAUCUGAUAGGUUAGAAGUAGUUAAUCUAAUAUCCUUAUUUUUAUAUACUAUAGUUUUUUAUUCGUUUUAUUACUCUGGCUAUUUUACUUACAGUAAUAAAAAAAUGCAAAAAGAUUAAAUCUUGGCAACAUACUAUAGAAACUUCUACUAAAAAUACUUUAAUUAUUAAGAUUUAUAUUAAGAGUUCAAGAAAAUACAUUCUAAACAAUCAGAAUAAGAGUUGA